AAACCCCAAACCUGCAAGAAAGUGAAACUAAUCAACGCAUUCGAGAACCCUCUCUCUCUCUCUCCCCCUUUCUAUGUGUGUGUCUUUGGCGGCUCCCUAUUCUCACAGAUCCAAACCCUAGUUCUAUUUUUUUUUUUUUCUCUUUUUCUCUUCUCGUUAAUUUAUUUACACAGCAGACACAUCAUAGUUUCAUUUCAUAAAUAUAGAAACACGCCUUUUAUUUUAUUUUAUUUAAUAAAUUUUCGAAAAAAAAGAAAGAGAAGAAAAUAAAGUGAGAAAAACGUUGUUGGGGGUUAAGCUUGGAGGAAGGAACGGCAAUGGAGGAUUUUGGGGAGCAAAAGCGGAAGCAGCGAGAGUUUGCUUUGGCAUCGGUGAGCGACUUGUCUUCUCUUUCUUCCUCUGCUUCGCCUGGGUUUGCUCGCUUCACCGGCGACGGUCUUCAAAUUCAGCAUGAAUCUCAUCAGAUUGCUCUCAAUGUUGAUCUUCCAGCUAUUCAGCUAUUCAGGUUAGGUCCUGUUCAAUCGGUUUGCACGGUGGAAGGGUCUGAUGCUGGCAAACAGACAUCGUAUUCCAGGGGAGUCGCUAUACAGUUUAGAAAUGAGGAAGAGAGUGAGGCCUUCCAUUGUGUAUUCCAACAAUGGAAGAAGGAAUUCAAUGUUCAAGGAAACUUACCAAAUGGAACUAAUGCAAUAACUUCUAAAAGCAAAUUUGAUGAAAAGAUAGAACCAUCUUCGGCAAAAAUGUACUUUCAUUAUUAUGGACAACUUCUGCAUCAGCAAAAUAUGUUGCAGGACUAUGUGAGGACAGGAACCUACUAUGCUGCUGUUAUUGAGAAUCGUGCUGAUUUCACGGGUCGUGUAGUAGUUGAUGUUGGUGCUGGUAGUGGUAUUUUGUCAUUAUUUGCUGCUCAGGCUGGUGCAAAACAUGUUUAUGCUGUGGAAGCAUCUGAAAUGGCAGAAUAUGCACGAAAACUUAUAGCUGGGAACCCAAUACUGGGUCAGCGAAUUACAGUGAUUAAAGGCAAAGUUGAGGAUGUUGAAUUGCCAGAGAAAGCAGAUAUUCUGAUCUCUGAGCCCAUGGGCACCUUGUUAGUUAAUGAAAGAAUGCUAGAGUCUUAUGUCAUUGCCAGAGAUAGGUUUCUCACCCCUAAAGGGAAAAUGUUUCCUACAGUAGGAAGGAUUCACAUGGCUCCUUUCAGUGAUGAAUAUUUGUUUGUUGAAAUUGCUAAUAAGGCCCUGUUUUGGCAACAACCAAACUAUUUUGGUGUUGAUUUGACGCCCUUACACGGGACUGCUUUCCAAGGAUACUUUUCUCAGCCUGUGGUGGAUGCUUUUGACCCAAGGUUGUUAAUAGCUCCUCCUAUGUUCCACGUGAUUGACUUCACCAAAAUAAAAGAAGAAGAGCUGUAUGAAAUUGAUAUUCCUCUCAGAUUCACCGCCACUGUGGGUGCCAGAGUACAUGGGUUGGCAUGUUGGUUUGAUGUACUGUUCAAUGGAAGUACUGUGCAAAGGUGGCUUACCACUGCCCCUGGUUCACCAACAACUCAUUGGUAUCAAUUACGCUGUGUUCUCUCCCAGCCAAUUUAUGUCAUGGCAGGACAAGAAAUUACUGGCAGGCUGCACUUGAUUGCCCACAAUGCACAGAGUUAUACUAUCUAUUUAACAUUGUCAGCUAAAAUGUGGGGGCCUGGUGCUGAACAAGGAGGGAUUCUUCAAACAUCAUCCUGUAAACUUGAUCUAAAAGAACCUUACUAUAGAAUGUCUCAACCGCAAGCUUAUCCAUUAACCCAAGAUCAGCAACCUCAACCAUUUUUACAGACACAGGAUAUACACAUCCAAUCCCAGGAUUUGGAUGAAGCUGAGAUAAUGCAACAGCCUUCGCCUAAUUCAUGUGCUCAGAUUGACUCACUGAUGCAGAAUGCAAGUUGAUGAAUACUAACUAAGCUGAGCUUCUGUUUGUAACAUGAAUCAGCUAGUUGGGGGAAUGUGUAUGUCUUUAUUUGGACAUCCCCCUUGCCUGUAAAUUCAUCCAUAUUGCUUUCCCUAUCCUAUUGUGUGUGAUUGUGCUGCAGAUCCACUAUUCUAUUACUUUCGCUUGCAUCCAUUACUUAAUUACUUCAUUAUAUCUUUAAUCUGCCUUUCUAA